CAACAAUAUUAAACCACAUCAAAAUCUGAAAAUUUACAAAUUAUAUUCAACCUUAAAAAUUCAACCUUCGUAAUGCAUUCGAACUACAACGAGAUGAGACUUAAUGGACAACUCUGCGACGGCGUUAUCAAGACUUCAGAUGGAGGAAGAUUUUUAGUCCACAGAGUGGUGUUGGGCGCCUUCAGUCCGUACUUCAGGGCCUACUUCACCAACAGUCUGGGCCAAGAGGGUCGGGAGAUAGGAGAAAUGACUAUAGACGACGAACCAAAGGACAUCGUCGCCGCCAUUGUGGAGUGCGCCUACACCGGGACAUGCGCGGUGAACGUACACAACGCGCAAGCGCUCAUGGUGGCCGCGGACAGGUUCUCGUGCGAAUCUCUAGUCAAACAUUGCGCAGAAUUCAUCGGGAAACAAAUCAGCUUUGAUAACUUUGCCAGCAUGCUCAGAUUUGCCAGGAACUACUUGUUUCGGGAUCUUGAGGUGAGGGAAUUAAACUAG